GGUUUUGGACUAUCUUAAGUGUAAAUGGCAUAUAAAGUGGAUCAUGAAUAUGAUUAUUUAUUUAAGAUUGUAUUGAUUGGAGAUUCCGGUGUGGGAAAAUCAAAUAUUCUUUCCAGAUUUACAAGAAAUGAAUUUUAUUUGGAGUCUAAAUCUACCAUCGGUGUUGAAUUUGCAACAAGGACUCUUCAGGUGGAAGGGAAGACGGUUAAGGCACAGAUAUGGGACACGGCAGGUCAAGAGAGGUAUCGAGCCGUGACGAGUGCUUACUAUAGAGGUGCAGUCGGGGCACUGUUGGUUUACGACAUAACCAAAAGGCAAACCUUCGACAAUGUCCUGAGAUGGCUUCGCGAACUCCGAGACCAUGCCGAUUCGAACAUCGUCAUCAUGAUGAUCGGGAACAAGUCGGACCUCAACCAUCUUAGAUCCGUCUCGACGGAGGAUGCUCAAGCCUUGGCCGAGAGCGAAGGUCUGUCGUUCAUGGAAACGUCGGCUUUGGAAGCCUACAACAUCGAGAAAGCAUUUCAGACGGUUCUGUUGGAUAUUUAUGAGAUAAUAAGGAAAAAGGCAUUGGCAGCACAAGAGGCAGCUUCCGCUACCGGUGUUCCUCAAGGCACAACCAUUAACGUCAACAACAUGUCGGAUAAUGGAACCAAGAAACGUUGUUGUUCAACCUAG